UCAGGGGUGUCCCGAGCUCUGGCCGCUGACCUGUCACCAGAUGAUGCACCCCGGCACAGAGGCGCGGCUCGCGGCGUCGCUGGUGGCCGGUCGGCGGCUGGGCGCGCGCCGCAAGCGCACCUGGACCCGCGCCGUCUUCACCAACCUGCAGCGCAAGGGCCUCGAGAAGCGGUUCACCAUGCAGCGCUACAUCACUAAGCCGGAGCGGAGGAAACUGGCCGAGACGCUAGGCCUCACCGACUCGCAGGUGAAGGUGUGGUUCCAGAACCGGCGGAUGAAGUGGCGGAACGCGCGCCGACCGGCCGACACCCAGGAGGAGCCGCCGGUGGCAGACUCCACCCAGCAGUCGGCAGACGACGAGGCCGCCCAGCCAAUCAACGUCGAGGACUAAACAGCUGACGGCCGAGCAGUCGGCGUCGGCGAAGUGCCAGCCGCUGACUCGAGGGGACGGGGGCGAGGGCCCGUCAUUUGCUGACAUGAUACGAGCCGUUGCGAUCGGAGGUCGAACGCGGUUGUGGAAAUGUGCCGUAAAAAGCCGAGACUGUUGUCAGCUGCCUUACCAACGUGGAUUAAACUUCAACCGCUUUGUAUCGACGAACUUGGCUAGACCGUCACCGGAAUGUUCCUUGAAAGAUAUGCCUUCAGGAAUGUUUCUGAAAUGGUCAGGCCACCUGCACCUUCCGCUGUCGCACGGCCAUGGUCUGGCUUGCCUAUGACGUGGAGCGAAACGGCUUCAGGAGCAGCUGCCAUGUUUGCAUCAGCUGUGUCAGGUGACGCUCCGGAAAAGAGAGCUUUUUAUUGUAACGUCGCAGAUGGGACCGAGUCCGUUACAUUUCGCUGGGUGUAUGCGCCCGGCAGCUGGGCAACUGGUGAAAUGGCAGCUUUUGCUAACGGCCAUCAGAUGUGGCAGGUUUGUUACCACAUGAUGCGAUACUGACACGUGUUUCAUGCUAGUCAUGUUUCGAUGCGCAUUGUUCAACUGUUCGGCAUGUCUGCUCGACAUGUAUUGUAGCGCAAGCUAGCUGAAUGUGCAAUAUACUUUGCACUGCAG